UCCUUUACGCACGCUGCGCGGAGACGUCGGCCUCUGACGCCGCCGUUGCCCCCGGGGCCGGCUUCCUCCUGGGCCGCUCCCGCCGACCGUUGGGCGCCCGGCCGAAGUUCCUCCUUCAGGACCUCCCCCACCCCUCGAACCGCUCUGGCGGCGGCGACCCAUGUGGGGGUUCAGGCUCUUGCGGUCGCCGCCGCUGCUUCUCCUGCUGCCCCAGCUCGGAAUCGGAAUCGCGGCGUCCCGCUCUAAGGCCGGAACCAUGAACCUGGGCAGCAGCAGCAGCAGCAGCAGCGGUGCGCUCUGCUCCGCCGCGGCCGAGGGGCGCCGGCAGCAGUGCCUGCAGCUGUCCACGGUGCCGGGAGCCGACCCGCAGCGCUGCAACGAGUUGCUCCUGCUGGCGGCGGCGGCAGCGGCUGCCGGGGAGGGACCGGAACGGCGGGACCUCUCUGGGAACCCGGCGAAGGAGGAGCCGCAACCGCCGCCCCAGCAUCACGUUCUCUAUUUUCCCGGGGAUGUGCAGAAUUACCAUGAAAUUAUGACUCGUCAUCCUGAGAAUUACCAGUGGGAAAACUGGAGUCUAGAAAAUGUUGCCACCAUUUUAGCCCAUCGGUUCCCCAAUAGUUAUAUUUGGGUGAUAAAGUGUUCCCGAAUGCAUUUGCACAAAUUCAGCUGCUAUGACAAUUUUGUGAAAAGUAAUAUGUUUGGUGCUCCAGAACACAAUACUGACUUUGGAGCUUUUAAGCACCUUUAUAUGUUAUUAGUUAAUGCUUUUAACUUAAGUCAGAAGAGCUUGCUAUCCAAGAAGAAUAUGAAAGAUUUGAAUAAGGACUCCAAAGCAUCUAAUUGUAGAUCCAGUUCUUCUCAUACUACUAAUGGUUGCCAGGGAGAAAAAGAGAGGACCUGUGAAAAAUUUGAUGAGUCUGCCAUGAGCUUUUAUCCACCAUCACUAAACGGUGCUUCUUUUACUUUGAUUGGAUUCAGUAAAGGUUGUGUUGUUUUGAAUCAGUUGCUUUUUGAAUUGAAAGAAGCCAAGAAAGAGAAGAACAUAGAUACUUUUAUCAAAAGCAUAAAAACAAUGUACUGGCUGGAUGGCGGUCAUUCUGGAGGAAGCAAUACUUGGGUUACUCAUCCAGAAGUCUUGAAAGAAUUUGCACAAACAGGGAUAAUUGUUCAUACCCAUGUAACACCUUAUCAAGUACAUGACCCAAUGAGAUCUUGGAUUGGAAAGGAGCACAAGAAAUUUGUUCAGAUACUUGGAGAUUUUGGUAUGCAGGUGACUAGCCAAAUUCAUUUUGCAAACGAAGCUCCUUCCAUAGAGAAUCACUUCAGGGUUCAUGAAGUAUUUUGAGACUACAGUGUUAUUAAUGUACUUGUUCAGUGGAGGAGCAGAAGCACUUUGAGUGUUAUAAAUGCAGAUGAGAUGUAAUUCAUAGAUGCAUUGACAGGGUUUUUUUGAUGGGGGGUGGGGGGAAGGAAGCACACAUUCCUAAAAUAUGAGUGUAAUGUGCAAUAGUAUUCCUUGCUUGUGAAUGUGAAUAGUUUUUAAUUUGGACUGGGUUAGAAUUAGUUCAUUUGAAAUCUAAAAGGUGGUUUGUGAUAAUCCUACAAGGAGAUACAAGAUCCUUAAGAAUUAUAGUUAUGAUACAAUCCUUAUAAAAGGCAAUUAAGAUUGUUAUUGUUGGAACUAGUUUAUUUUCUGAGUAAUGUUUAAAACUAAUUUUGGUGAUACUCUAACAGUAAUUAGCUGUUUUGGCACUCAAAACUUUUGAGUAGAAACACUAUUUUUCUUCAAAGCGAAGGCACACUGAUAUUUUCCAUCGUUUUGCAAUAACUCUACCCUGCCUCUUAUGUUUAUAAACUCAUGGAGUCAUUCUUUAAUGUGCCACCAAGUCUUCUCUUGCAAGUCAAAAUGUAUUUGUUUCUAAAUAUCUAAGAACGUGCAGUAGUGUAAAGUUGGCUUUAAAAAAUAUUGCACUUAAGCACCAUGGCUUAAUUUUUCAUUGACAAUUUUUGGAUAAGACAUUUUGGAGUUUCUCAAAUUUUGGCAAAAAAAGUUAUUUUGGAAAAUUGUUUUAAAUUGAACAUAAUUAUGUAUAUUGGGUAAAAAUAUAGUACAGAUUUAAAAUCAUUUCAUUAUAUCAGCCUUUUAAAAGAAAUCGACUUAGGUGAAAUAUUAAUAAUACUCUAUUUGAUAGUGCUGUAUUGAAAAGGAGACAGAUUCUGUAGGUCUAAGUCAGUGUUUCUCCUGAAGCAUGAGUUUGUCUGCCAAAUGAAAGCAGCUCUCUUUGGCCAAAAUGCAAAAUUAUAUUGCUAUUAGAAAAAUUAAAAGGGAAAAUUUGAAGACACAAAUGAUUUAAUUUUGGCUCAAAAACUGCAUUUGCUUAACAGUGCUACAUAAUUUGGGUGAGGUUUCCUUCUGCCCAUUUUUCUUGACCUAGAUAAAUACAUUUUGAAAAACCAAGAUCUAAUGAAUGUCAACCAACAUUGAAACUUUGUGUGAUUACAGUAAAAGGUGAGCAGUCAUUUUAAAAUUAUUAAUAAUUAGCUUUUUCAGGUCAUGAAAUAACUAAGCAAAGAAGUAACAUGCUGCUUUCAGACUGAAAAAAAAAAGACUGAAUCUUAAUAUCUUAAUAACCCAGAGGGCCUAAAAUUAUAAAAUAAUUAAAAUGUUAAUUUCUUGGUUUCUUCCCAGAAUUGUAUUUUAAUGACUCUAUACAUUCCAAAUAUUCAGACUUAUGAGAAAGGAAUUUUACUUACCAAAUGCUUAAAAAUAACAUCCUUUAAUUCUGUGAACUAGAGAAUAAUAUCUUUUUAAUUUUUUUUUAAAGGAUGAAGUACAGUUUUAUAUUGCUUCAGUUUAAAUACCUGCUGUUUCUUUUGAGACCAAAUUCCCAACAAGGAAAUAAGUCAGCCUAAUUCUAGCAUUUUAUUUAUUACCUUGUCUUAAAGCACCAUGAUUGAUUGGAUGGCUUUUUUCAAUGUGUUUAAUAAUCCUUGGUUAAAUUUAUGUGUAUCUAAUGUAAAAUAGCUAAGUUACUGAAUGCUUUAAUGAGAGGAGAAGAAAAGGCAUUUAUUUUUACAGGAUUAACUAAAAUGGAAAAACUGUGGCUUUUUGCCAAAAGAGUUCAUUUAAAAAUCUGAGAUAUUUAAAAAUCUAGUCCUUGGAGCUCUCUAGUCUUGUGAAUGCUUAAUUGUAAUUGUUGUAUGUUAAAUGGAUAUUAAGAAUAAUUCACUAAACACCUGGAACUGUCUGUCAAAAUGAGACUGUUGAAAAGUAGAAAUAUUUUCUUGAAUGAAAAUAUAUUCAGGUUGAUCGUUAUUCAAAUAUUUUAAUACUUAAAAUUUGUUCUUUCUCCACAUUUGUUUAAAACUAUUAUAAAUGUUAGUGCAUCCUUUUGGAUUGUGCCUUUGUAUCUGAGUCAUGAAAGAGUCAACUGAGAAAGUAGUCAUACAAAUAAUGUGAAAGUUGUUACUGCCACAGCAUGAAUGUAUAAUUGUAUUAAAUUUAAUCCACAGAA